CCAUGGACGACGUUGAAAACACCGAUUCAAUAGAAGGUAAUUGUACUAAUAUUGAUGGAUGAAUCUAAAGGUUACUCGAAUGUCAACUGAUUCGAAAAAUAACGCAAAAGGGGUGUCCCUAGACGGCAGUAUUUCCAGUGAUAGCCAAAACGACACAAGCGUCCAAGCGUCAGCAGCAACACGGUGGCUCUCUGACCGCUUUCAUAUUAACACAAUGGCAGCAAAGCCUGAAGAAGACGUUUUCGACGUGAACCAAUGGCCGUCCCUUCCCCCUAUUACCACUUCUAUUGGCAUCAAUAAGCAGAGAUUCUUAUUCUCAUCCCCUAUAGCCAGAUCUAUGCCGCAAAAGCAGCAACAAGAGGAUGUCGCAAAGAACCUUGCUGAAGAACAAGCUGUGGCACAAGAUGACGUAGAUAUGGGGGAAAACGAAGUAAUUGCAGCGAGCUUCAUUGAGACAGAAUCACCAGGCCAAGAUACGGUUAUGGGAGAAGUGUAUCAAGAUGAGGAGGCUAUCGAGCCAUCAAGCCCUAGACCUGGGUCUGUCAGCAACGAUGAAGUGGAACCAUCUCAAAGCACUUCUCUAGAAAUUCAAAGGGAAGGACACAAGUCAAAUGGAACGAUGUUUAAUAAGGUCAAGGCUGGCUUAGGCUCAGCGAAAGCCAACAGCCCUCAGAAGAAUACCAAGGCUCAAAGCAGCAAUUUAACGCCGUUUCGUCGUAUGAUUCAAAACGCUACCAAAAAAUCGACCACGACCAAUAAGGACGAAGAGGACGAUGUUGACGACGUCGAAGGUAUCACAAGGUUCGCACCUAUCACGUUACAGGAGAAACGACGGCGACAAGCGAAACGCGCGGAGCAGCUGAAGUUCUGGAAAGUGCGGGAGGAGAGAGAAGCGCGUGAGGCUAGACGAGUGGGCCGACGAGACCUUUUAGAAGGCCGCUCAGGUAACGCGAAACGCGGUGGGAGCGCAGAGCCAACGACCAGCACAUCAGCGACUCUACGCAAGGCAGUCAAAUUCAAUUUGAAGCGGAAUCGGGUUAUUCAAUUUGAGGAUAGAGAGACUGAUGAUAGAUCACCUUGAAUAUUUUUCUUUAUGUCUAUACCUCGCCUUGUAAUCAUAUUUCUUCCACCAUUGCAACCACUAAUUAUUUCACCAACCACAAUAUAUCC